GUCUGCCCACUUCCAUCCAACUCGUGAGUCCUUGUAUCUUUACAAUUAUGGGCUUUUCUCAGUGCCUCCUUCUCCUCAUCGCUCUUUAUCGUGUCUGCAUCGCUUUUGUGAAUCCCGCACUACUCUUUCACCGAUCUACUGCGAUUCCGCGAUUUCAAUCGAUAUUCAGCCCUUUCCCGUUCAGUUCUCCCAUCAGCAAUGGCUUUGAAGCGUAUUAACAAGGUGCGUUGGGUUGUCUCGCCGAUGCAUCUCCCUCCGCCGCGAGGGCGUGGUGCUUACAGGGGCUUUGUGCGCUUACUCGUGGAUUUUCCAGGAACUACUGGAUCUUGGACGAGACCCCCCGUCCUCCUGCAGCGCCGGCCCCACCGGGGAGAACAUGUUCCAAUGGCAGGCAACCAUCAUGGGUCCGGGUGAAUCUCCCUACGCUGGCGGCGUGUUCUUUCUGUCGAUCAGCUUCCCUACGGAUUACCCUUUCAAGCCUCCCAAGGUCAGCUUUACGACCAAGAUCUAUCACCCAAACAUCAACGCAAACGGGUCAAUCUGCUUGGACAUCCUAAGGGAUCAGUGGUCCCCGGCAUUGACGAUCUCGAAAGUGCUGCUCUCGAUCUGCUCAAUGCUGACUGACCCGAACCCCGACGACCCUCUUGUCCCUGAUAUCGCGCAUUUGUACAAGACGGAUCGCACUCGGUACGAGGCCACUGCUCGGGAAUGGACACGGAAGUAUGCAAUGUAAGACGCCGGUCUACGUUGGCGCGUCCUUGUGUAGAAUAUGUCAGCUCCUUGUACUUUUCACGGCCUUAACAAUCAGCAUCGGCUCUGCUCUCAUGUAUUAGGCUCUGGCUCGAGGAUUGGUUUCAUGAGGCGCUAUUCUGUGAUGGGCAGCGCCUCUCUUGAUCUCGAAGGUUACAACGCUAGAGGGAGAUAGAUCACAACUGCCCUGGUCCUAAGCGAAUGACCGCGGCAUUGCCGCAUCAUCCGGAACGAUGUUCCGCUCACACCCCACCCACUACUCUCAUCAUCCUGCUACUGUAGUUUUAUUUCACGCGGCGGCCCGCCCUCUGUUCGCUGCGAAAGCCCGACCAAGAACCGGAAAUGCUUUCGAGCCAUCGUUUGCUAUGCGCUUUGCGAGUCGCAACGUUUUUGUGAUGCAGUCGGCAAUAUCGGGACUUGGCGCCCAUUGCCUUUGCCCGAAACCGCCUUGAGCGGUCAUUCAUGGCAGUUGUCUUGUCUGACUUUCAGGCGUCUCGUGAACACCCAUAUCGAUCUACUUCCGGCCUCCUGGACUCCAUGCAACCAGUGUCGGGGAGGUGCGAAUCAGGAGCAUUGCGCAGGUGGUGCAGGCGGGAUCGUACCCUUGCUUGACGGGUUCCUUCCCUCAUACACCCGUACGACGCGUCUCUCAUCGAACGCGCCGCGCCAUGACAUCGGACGAUAUCCGUGUUGCUGUCUUCAGACCCUGCGCCGACCGCGUCCGCUUCCGCGACGCCAACCUGAUGCACUUCUGCUCGGCGGACAUCAUUGAAUGGUUGUCAGCAGACGCAGGUAUCAGCUACGAUCCCCCUUCUCGACGACCAGCGAAUGCGUGUCGUGAUACACGGUGCUCAAAAACGCUGCAGAGACGAACGUGACGCUUUUCGAAUGGAAGAACGACUGGCCGCGUGUCGAAGUGCGGAAAACCGUGCCGAGGCAGGGUGUGUGAGAGCGUGGUUGCGCGCCGAAUCGGAGAUUGGGU